UUGCUCUGCACAGUUCUUCCACUAAAUUAGUUUUUGUAAAAAUGUCUGUGGAAAUUGUUGAAAGUAGUCCUUGUGCAUAGAGUUGUAUGGUUUGUUAAAAUGUGAUAUCAAUGGUUUUUGUUUGGCAUACAUUUGAAAGUAAAAAAAACGGAGACAAAGCGCACAUCCGUUACUGUGGAAUUGCCCAUAUUCUAUUUGGGCUGUGGAUUCAGAAUCCCUGUUGUCCGUCUUCCCCCUGCAGGUGAGAAUGCGGUCCAGGAGCAGCACAGCCAUGGACGGCCCAGAUGACGGACAGAUAAACCAGGUUACCCAGCCCACCAAAGCCUUCACCAAAGAGGAGGAGGAGAACACACCAGAGCUGAUGAAGAGAAAAAUGAAAAUGAAAGUCCAGCGAGCGGAGAAACAGAAAGAGGGGAAGAUCCAGACGGUGGUGCCUGGAACAGUGAAAAGGCCCCAGAGAACCCCAGAGAGCAGCAGAGGACAACAUAAUGCAGCAGGGGUGACGGAUCUCUCUGAGGAGGACUUGCUCCGUCUGCUGGGGGUCAUGGAGGGAGAGGUGCAGGUGAGAGGUUCUCCACUGACACUGUGCUGCUGUGUGCUAGCUACUGUAACUUCUAACAUUGAAUGCAUCCCAAAUGGCAGCCUACUCCCUUUAUAGUUCUCUGGUUAAAAAAAAAGUAGUGCACUAUAUAGGGAAUAGGGUGCCAUUUGGGAUGCACACAGAGAGUUUCUCCACACUGUGCUGCUGUGUGCUAACUGCUAACAUUGUGGUCAGUGGUUUGUGUUAUAUUUGGCAGGUGGUAACAUCUCAUCUUCUCAGUGUCAGGCUUGACAUGUUAGUGUAACCAGGAGUCAUCCUACUGUCUCACUGCUGGUGAGUCAACCUCAGUGUCAGCAGCCAUUAACUCUGGUCCCUUCCAACCCUGCCCCACUCUGCAGGUCCCGAUGAGCAGGAAGCAGAGACCACUAGGGGCUGUCCAGUGUUAAGCCUGCUGCUAAUUAUUUUCUUAAUUGAGUUCCAUUUCUAAACAAACCUCCAGGGAGAGCGGGCUGCUGCUGCUAUCAGGUCUAUCCUCAACCCUCUCUCCAUCCAGCUGAUUUGUUUGGCUGUAUUGAUGACUUUCCAAAGUUGCAACUUGGGGUACUAUACCGUAUGUUGAAAUCUAACCCUGAACAUGUUGAAAUGUUGAAAUCCAACAUGCUCUGAAUGUCUUAUCCACACUGAAGAAUGGUUUUGUUCAUACUAUCUAAAUGACUUGCUAAUGAUAUUCCAGUACAAUGGUAUGACGAUAAUUAAACUCUCUAUUAACAGUUUAAGGAGUGAGAUAAAGAAUGGUAUUGUUGUAUAACUCUGUUCCGACUGGGCUCUGGUCAAAAGUUGUGCACUACAUAGGGAAUAGGGUGCCAUUUGAGAAACAGCCUGGGUUAUGAACAUUUCAUUUGUAUGAAAGGAGACACUCAGGGGUCUAUCUGAUGAGAACAGCACCGCCCUGUGGGGAGAGUUGAGAUCACAGUGCGGGAAAACUCACCAUAAAUGUACUGUUUAUUUUCAAUAGCUACCCCACCAUGGGGUCAUUUCAAUAUGAUGAUCAUACUUCAAAAUUAUUGUAUAUGGUUUCCCCUGGAUAUUCUCCAACCGUUCUGACAGCUCAUAAACCAUUUUUAUUUUUUUAACUACAACCUCAAUCACUAAUCACAAUAACAAAGCCACAUAUGUCAGUUUGAAGUGGUUUAAUUGUCAUCUAGAAUAAAGAAGGUAAAAGUAAAAAGAAGGUCUUUGUCUCUCUGUGUAAAUGGUUCUUAGGAGACCUAACGUGUCCCCCUGCUCCUCGUGUGUGUAGGCCAGAGAAGAUAUCAUCCACAUGCUGAAGUCAGAGCGUACCCAACCCGAAGCCCUGGAGGCCCAUUAUGGCUCAGCUGCCCCCACCAAACCCCUCCAGGCCCUGCAGAGAGACAGCCUACUGACCAACAACACUACAACGCUAGGGGACGACGUUUACCAGAUGCCCAUGCAAGAGGUGAGGCAGUGCCACUAUAGAAAUGUAUAUCAACAUGAAUAUAGAUUAUAUAUAGCUAGCCAUUAGCUACCCUGUGUUAAUAAAGAGGUCAAUGUUUAAUGAAUAUAUUGGAUAGAUACCAGUGUAUGAAUGAGUCAGACAUUGUGUGUGCCUCAUACGGCACCCUAUUCCCUAAUUAGUGCACUACUUUUGACCAUAUGGGCCCUGGUCAAAAGUAGUGCACUAUAUCGGGAUUAGGGUGCAAUUUGGGACGAAACCAUGGUGGUUGUCAUUGAAAACCCUCUAAUAUGUUGAUCAGUUGGACCGGCUGGAAGACAAGCAUCGUGAGACGUACCGGCGUAUGCUGGAGCAGCUGCUGCUGGCUGAGAAGUGUCACCGCCGCACGGUUAACGAGCUGGACAAUGAGAAACGCAAACACACCGACUUCAUGAACAAGAGUGAUGACUUCACCAACCUACUGGAACAGGAGAGGGAGAGGUGAGGGGAGGCGUGUGCGUGUGUGAGAGUUGCCUGUUCCUAUCUCAUUCCAUGAGAGUACGUACAUCAUGUUUACUACAGAAUUGGUUGUGUGUCACAGGGACGUUGAGAAACAGGACAUGAUGAGGGAUCAAAGAGAAAUCAAUCUCAGCCAUGGUAGGAGAGGGUUGGCGUCACUAUCACACCGUCACACACCACAGCCCUCUGCUCUGAUGCCAUGCUACAGCAGCUCUCUCAGUCUCACACACACUCACAUACACACCAUUCCAAAUCCUACUUCCCUAACCCUAACCCCAACCUAGUUUUUUUCCUUGUGUGGACCGGCAAAAUGUCCCCACUUGUCAGGAUUUUCCUUGUUUUACAUUUACAUUUUACAUUUUAGUCAUUUAGCAGACGCUCUUAUCCAGAGUGCAUACAGUUUUUUAUUAAUUUUUUCAUACUGGCCCCCCGUGGGAAUCGAACCAACAACCCUGGCGUUGCAAGCGCCAUGCUCUACCAACUGAGCUACACGAGGACUUCUGUUCCCCACGUGGAUAGUAAAACCAAAAGAAACACACACACACACACACACACACACACACACACACACACACACACAGUCCCCAUCAAGCAGUUCUGCCCAAGCAAUACCGGACAAAGAGUGAGGGACAAAUCUGUACAUGAGACAGAGGCAGCUUCAAAGACACCCAAGCAAGUGAACCCCUCAAAGGGCUGGAAAGAGGCCCUAAGGGGCCCUGCAAGGCUCUGUUGAUAAGGGUGAACAGUCAACAGAGUGAUGAAUAGAAAAUGACACACCAGGAUCAGGCAGUGCCAAGCUCUCCAACCCUGUUCCUGGAGAGCUAGCCUCCUGUAGGUUCUCUCCAACCCCAGUUGUAACUAACCCGAUUCUCCAGCAACAGGGUUGGAGAGCCAUGACGAAACCAUUGUCAUUGAACACACCAUAUAGAAGAGGUACUGACAUAGUGAAGUAUAUGUUACUAUAACUAUGAUUUACAGUAUUAUGGCAAUAUUACAUAGAUUACUUUUCUAAUGGCGUUGAUGUUAUAUUAAUGACACACCCAUUUACCUUUAUAGAUAAAAAGCUGUUAUUCCCCAUCCAAUACACUUAUCCUAUUGUGAGACCAAUUGUGUUUUUGGCUAUGGAUUUAAAGUAACUGUCCAGUGAAAAUCUCACUUUUAAAAGUUAAUGUUCUGUUAACUCAUACCCAAAUAAUGUUGUUGACCCAUCCUAUACUCGUAUUUGUGGCCAAAGCACAAAUUAAAAAAAAUAUAUAAAAAAACAUAGAAAAAUUGUAUCUGAAACAAACCGGAGGAGGAUGAGCUGGCCAAUCAGCGGUCUACUCGCAUGAAUAUUUUUUAUGACCGGUAUACGCCCACACCAUUCUGUUGUUAGGGUACGCCAACACCAUUCCAACACAGAAAAGCUGCUUUUUAACAUACUUAAAUAUCAUUUUUUGGAAGGAAAACUAUUUCACCCAUAUGGUAAUUAAUUAUAGGUAAUAUUUCAUAGAAAUCUGGAAACACUGGACAGUUACUUUAAAACAAGAAGAUGUAGAAGAGAUUUUAAAAAUCCAAUACCGGCAUGAUGCUCCCAGGUGGAAUUGAUGAGGCUCAUAACAGAGGUGGAAUCCAGAUGUCAAUCUAACCUGGCCCCCAGUACAGUGCCUCAGUGGUACCCUGUUCUGAAUGUAAAUAAUAAUAAUAAUAUGCCAUUUAGCAUGUAGUGCACUACAUUUGACCAGGGCUCUGGUUAAAAGUAGUGCACUGUGUAGGGAAUAGGGUGCCAUUUGGGAUGCAGACUUAAAGACCUGCAAGUCAGGACAGAACCACUGACAUCAUCACCUAUGUACAGAAGGGAAAGGGGAAGGAGGAUACUUAGUCAGUUGCACAACUGAAUGCAUUCAACUGAAAUCAGUAAUCUGAGUAAUCUGAUAAAACCCAGAGCAGGGAUCUGUCUAUCUGAUAAUGCAUGGCGAUGAAUAGCCCCUCACCAUCAGAACACUACAGCGCUAUGCACAACUACUCCAGGUGUAAAACACUCCCCAAUGGAAAGGCCUCAUCAUGCCUCACUGAACCGUUUACUCACAACAUGAAAAUAUGGUGGUGUUUUGACAGUGGGUUGCAUGCUUAUUGACUAGCGGGUUUACGUAAGGAUCAGAUGGAUGGCCCAGUUCCUAUUUGAGGAACAAAUAGUGUUGUGUAUGUCUUCUUCCAUUAGAGAAAAGCUGCCCUGGAUUGCCAAAUUAAACGCUGUGUAUGCAAAUAAUUUCUGUCAAUUAUAAUUUUCUAAAAUGAAUGACCUUGUACUUUAUUAUUUAAUUGCCUAUUGUUCAUAUGUUUCUCACAUAUUGUUCAUGACAUUUCCGUACAUGCAAAUACAUACAUGCUCCUUCAGUGGUGCACUGGCUGACUUGCCAUUAGACAGAAUAGGCAAUUACCUCAGGCCUCACAUCAUCAAGGGGCCUCAUGUGCUGGCUCCGCUCAAGGCAUAAAAAAAAUUAAAAUUAAACAUUCACAUCAAAAUGAAUCUGUGGUGGAAGGUGGCCGAGCUACAGUGGUGUUUGUCAGACCAGGAGACAUCCUGAAAAUCGGUCUUUUCACGAAAACAUCUGUAGCGUCCGAACGGUUUGGGCUACACACAAAUAUGACCCCUCUCUGGAAAGAUGAGAAUCUUACGAACACGAUCUGCUCUACGAUCCCUAUAAGUGCCACGAGACUCGUCUGAAGGUAACCCAGUACCAGCCCGAAAAAUAUAUGGGAGUGAAUAGCGCAUUUCCACGUAAAAGGUAUACAUAUUUUUGGGGGCUUUCUUAUAUCUCUCAGAUGUAGGACAGACACUUCAAAACAUACUUCCUUUUGAUUACAUCUGUUUUUGCAUGUAUGCAUCUGUUAUUAAAUUAUUUUCUAUGGGCUAAUAGCAGUGUUUCAUCAAAUAAUAUAUAUAUGUGUGUGUGUGUGUGUUUUUAUACCUGCAGGGUUACUAAAAAAUAGAAAAUCAAAUAGCUAAAUUAUCAUUGGUAUGACCAUCUUAAAACAAUUCCAUAUGUUAGCUUAGUCGAAACCCAGCCCCGGGCCCUUAGACUCUAGGGGGACACAAUAUGCAUUUCUUUAGUAAAAAGACAGGUGCUGCUGAGAAUACUGCCAUCGUCGUCGAGGCAGAGGACAUGUAUGAAGCUGUCUGGCCAAAAAUAUUAUGGCAUGUCAUACUAUUUUUGGCCAGACAUCAUCAGAUACAUGGGCUACAUAUAGUAAGACAGAGGGGCGCUGUUUUGCUUGCUUGGAUGCUGUCUUCGGUGACAACAUGCAACAAUUGCAAAGGAGUUACAGUUCAUGUAAGGAAAUCAGUCAAUUGAAAUAAAUAAAUUAGGCCCCAAUCUAUGGAUUUCACAUGAGAAUGGGAAUACAGAUAUGCAUCUGUUGGUCCCAGAUACCUUUAAAAAAUUAGGUGAUGGCGGCGGAUGAACGGUACGACAAUGGGCCUCAGGAUCUCAUUACGGUAUCUCUGUGCAUUCAAAUUGCCAUCGAUAAAAUGCAAUUGUGUUCAUUGUCCGUACCUUAUGCCUGCCCAUACCAUAACCCCACCACCACCAUGGGGCACUCUGUUCACAACGUUGAUUCAGUGUAGUUUCAGUCACUUGCUGAUUAAAGGAAAGUUGGCAGGUGCACAAUGUACUGUUCAGAUGCUGGAAUUAUUUUGGAUGAACGUGACAAGGUAAUUUUUGAAGUGAUUUGUUUGACAAUCAGAUGAAAACAUCAUGACUGUUUGUGUUCAUGGCACAUUAAUAGGUAAUACACUUUUUACAGUUAAAUUACAUGUCUUUACUAUAAAUCCUGAGGUGGAUCCUCAGACUGGCCUCUGCCUGGGGCCUCCAAAUCACUAAGUCCACCGCUGCAGUGGUGAGACAUUUCUAUCUCUGUCUGUGAGAAAUAGAUGAGAAGACAAGAGGAUGUUACCCACACUGCCAGACAGUAAAUGCCAGGGUAAAACUCACUCAGACACAGCCGCUUCCCGGCAUACACUCUGUUUUUCAGACACACAGCCCAGUGAAGUAAUGUGUGCGUCCAGAAUGGCACCCUAUUCCCUACAUAGUGCACUACUUUUGACCAGAGCCCUAUGGGCCCUGGUCAAAAGUAGUGCAUAGGGCUCUGGUCAAAAGAAGUGCGCUAUAUAAGGAACAAGGUGCUAUUUGGGGCGCAUCCAAUGUUUCCAUGGACCCAAUUCACCUCUGCAUAGUCAGGUAGGGCUUCACAUUACUUAAUGAUUUUGAGGAAUGCCCUUGAAAUCCUAGUACCCCACCUUUGCUCAACCUGAGAACUGCCUUGUUUUUCUGCAUUGAGGACAUGUAGUGUGGCUGGUUCAGUGAACUAGUGAACAAAUUCACACAGGUUUCACAGGCUGUUGGAUGUACCGUGGAGAAGACAGCCCAUGACUAUACAGAGUCUAAUUACCCUGUUGAAACGGCCAGCAUGCUAGCAGAUACCCAUAGCUAGUUAGCAUUGGCUCGCAAAACUACCUUCCUUCAUACUGGACAUAAAAAUGGUAUCCACAAGUUCAUUUGACUCUAGAGAAGUAGUUAAAGGGCCUCAAAAUCACAAAGUAUCCCUUUCAGCAGGCUGAGAACAACAAACUGAUCGACAACCAUACAUUUAGCUAGGUUUAUGUGGAUGGAGUCUUAGAGGGAGUGUUACAAAUAUUAAAUGUUGAAAUAAUACAUUUGGGGGGGUUUAUAUUCGUAUUUGGUUUGAGUGGGUCACAUUCAGCAACAUGUGAAAUGACAGACUAGUGACCUCUGCCUCUGUACGAUUCAAAUGCAUGAAAAUGAUUAUACUCCAUCUCCAAACAUGAUGUCACCUCAAAAUCAUUACUCAUUUGGUGAGCAGAUGUCCAUCUCUGGUUUUCUCUCUCCCUCGAGUUUUGAAAGAUUUUGUAAAGCAGCAUAAGGCUUUAUAAAUGUGUGCUUUGUCUGUGGGAGUCUGUAUAUUGCAAACUAGAUACUUACAUGCUCUUGUCUUGUGCUCUCUGACGCACAGAUUUGCAGUUGCCCCAUCACCCCCACCCCUCACCGAUGACCCCUCUCCCCUCCGCGCCUCCCCGUCGUCCCCCUCCCCCGCUCUCUCAGCAACAUGUGAUAACACAUUCCUUCCAGCUGCAGUCACCUCGGAGAUUCACUCACUGUAGGUGAUGUCAUAGACUGGACAACCCUGAGCACCUGUGAAAGGAUGCAAGUCAGCACACACACAGAGACAGAGAGCGAGACAAUGAAAGAGAGCGAGAGAAAGAGACGGAGAGAGUGAGAGAGAUAGAGAGAGAAAAAACUCUGCCUGCCAGGCCAAUUAGGUGGUCUUUGUUUGGAACCUCUCCCACUACCCCCACUCCUUUUAUAAUAAUAAUAAUAUGCCAUUUAGCAGACGCUUUUAUCCAAAGCGACGUACAGUCAUGCGUGCAUAAAUGUUUGUGUAUGGAUGGUCCCGGGGAUCGAACCCACUACCUUUCUAUCAGGUCUUUCUGUCAGUAGUUAUUCUUACAAGAAAGAUAUGAUUUCCCUAAAUUAAAAUGUAGUGAUAUGGCCGUCUCUGUUUUCCAAAUGUAUUACUUUAAACUGAAACAAAAAUCGGACAAGAUGAUUCCUUCCCAGAGGAAAAAAUUCUCCCUAUAGAGUAGAGUAGUUAUUUUCAAAUGUGACUUCUUCCUUUCUGUUCAAAGUUUUUUUUAUAGUAAUUGUGAUCGUUAUAGUAAUUGGUGUGACAUUAGUUUAGUCUCUCCUGUGGGCUUGGCUUUGGCCACAGACAUGUGGUAUGGGAGGUUUCGACCAUCUCUGCUAGACCUCACUGAUAGGCCUCUGUCAACAGCAUGGCUAUGAAUAGCCCAGACCACCAGGAAAAACGCUGGUCAUCCGCUAAAGGACUUAUUCAUAAUGCCAUCAUAAACACUACCAUCACCACUGAGAAUGGGGGUAUCCAGGGAGUAUCUUGUAGCACAACAAUAUUAGUCAUAAGUAGUGUACUAUAAAGGGAAUAGGGUGCCAUUUGGAAUGCAAACAUGGUCUCCUCAGUAAGAUUCUCUGGAUACCUUGAAGUAGCCUUGUUGUAUAAUUCCUCUCACCUGAAAUGCAGUGGUAGCUAAUGGUACAUAUUUGCGGUGAGUCAUGCAACAGUUAAUUCCUGUAUUGCCUUUAAUCUGGAGCCUUUUCUGCUCGACAGCUGCCAGGCAGAUUGUGUUGAAGGCCACCCUUGGCCUCGUGACGCAGGUUUUAGGAUUCAUAUGACCAGUGACAUCGUCUGUGUGGUAUUUGUAUGAUUCCACUUGAACAAGACCACAAGUGUUGCUCCCCAGCCAGGAGCUGUAGUGUGGGUGAGAGAUCCUGUAUGUGCUUUAAUGGUGAGAGCAUUGCAGUGCUGCAAAUAUCUGCAACAUUCCUGCGACAGACUAGCGUUCUGUCCAGGGGGUGUAUUUGUUCAUCAAGCUGCCUUACACUACAGAAACAGGAGCUUGGCCCAUAGGGCAGGAGUCUUUCUGGCUCGGACAAGGCUACUUAAACUUACUCUCAGCAGCAUUGGGCUUCUGGUGGAGCAAAUUCACUCCAUUUAGAAAAAAUGACACAAGUCUACUUUUAUCCGACCUUGGGAUCUGGCAUCUAUUAAUUACACUGUGUACUAUGGAUGUAGCAGUAGCAUCCUACACAGAUAGACAUUUGGAUUUAGUUCUACCAAUUUGCUUCCCUUUGCAUUCAAGGGACAGAAGAUUAUGAACUAGAGAGUCUGGCACUAGUGUGACAUUGUUCUCCCCAAAACAACAUUUUCCCCUUGUUGCCUUGUUUCUAUGGAAACACAUGACAUACAAGAGACAAUUGGGUCAGGCAAGACACCAGCUUGCCCACAUGUACAUAUUACUUCAACUACCUCAACUAGCCGGUGCCCCCGCACAUUGACUCUGCACCGGUACCCCCCUGUAUAUAUAGCCUCCCUACUGUUAUUUUAUUUUACUUCUGCUCUUUUUUUCUCAACACUUUUUUUGUUGUUGUUUAUUUUUACUUUUUUUGUUAAAAAGAAAUGCACUGUUGGUUAAGGGCUGUAAGUAAGCAUUUCACUGUAAUGUCUGCACCUGUUGUAUUCGGCGCAUGUGGCCAAAAUUUGAUUUGAUUUGUAUGGGAAGUGGAAAGACACUCUGCUAACUUAGUAUCACUUUACCUCUGGUCUAAAAAGCUGCUGCAAAUCUACUGUAUUUCUCACAAAUACAAUUAUCCUUCUCUGUUGGGGGAGAGAGAGAGAGAGAGAGAGAGAGAGAGAGAGAGAGAGAGAGAGAGAGAGAGAGAGAGAGAGAGAAAAGAAAGAGGGGAACAGGAAAGAUAGUGUGACAAGCCUUCCCCCCUGGCUUGGGCUCCUCCUCUGUGCCCAAAAAAGGGCAGCACCAUUCUGUGCCAUAAAUGGGAGGAGGGAUGACAUCACCACCCGCUAGUGGAGCAGGGCUAGUUUUACACAACAUUCACCUUUCAUUGUCCAUUGAUGACAUGUUUGGAAUGUGAUGGCUAAGUCCCUGUGGAGUGGGGGCCCUCUCAUGACCCUGUGAGAGAGGGCCGCCUCCUGCAUGCCUGCCUGCCUGCCUGCAUACAGCUCAGCUCCUGCACUAUCCAAAACACACUAGGCAUGGACCUACCUGCUAUGCAUCCCUCCUGACUAGCAGUUGGUAAGUCUGAGAGUUUGAGCUGUUGAAACUUUAAGAAAACAGCACAAUCUGGCUGCUAUCAUUGUUGUUAGACCGGCUCCUGGUCGAUUUGGGUAACGUGCCAUGCAGGGAGAAUGUUUGUAAUGCAAAGUAACAGGCUUCAACAAAGGACAAUGAUGUGCAGGACUCCUGAUUAUAAUGAGUUUCUAGUGUGUCCACCAUAUGGAGGGGACCUGUUGCAGGCAGCAGACUCUCUCUAUAGCAGUUGGACAGAGAGACUCCCACAGAGAUUAGUUAAACAUCUACUAACAUUAUUCCGUUAAGGUUCACUCGGUGUCCCUAGGUUGGCAGUGUGCCACAUUAAGGACAAUGGUUGUGUUUUUAUAGUUUAGCUAGCAUAUCUCUGAUGUUGUGGUACUUUGCUCGGUGUGAAGUGCAGGGUUACGGGUUACCCCUGUUGGGGAGAAUCACAUGAGGGUUCAGGCUUCUAAUCUACCCUCCCUCCCUCCUUUGUUCCCUCUCCUAUCAUGCCUUUGCCAUCUCUUCUGCUUGCCUGACUCCCAUCCCAGCUCCCACCACUGCCCACGGGGCUCUGGGCUGGGGGUAAGGAACUCAUUCUGAGUCUGGUCAGGCUCCUCUAAUCUGGGAACUACAGAGAUGUGCAAGUGCACACUAACAGGACAAUCUAUACAGUAUAGUUCAAUUCAGUGUCUCACAUGCUACCUAUCACAAAUAAAUGUUUUGAAUGUUGGUCAACUUUGGAGAUUUGUGAGAAAUGAUAAGAGUUAGAAUACUUUUUUCAUUCAUUCUGUUAAUGUUUAUUUUGUAUUUGUACUUUACAAACUCAAAUAGGUUCAAUAGUUGUAAGUACUAUGUAGCAGUAGGUAACUACAGUGCUCCUGUACACUGUUCCUGUGGAUGUAAUUACAAUUUAGUAUAUACAAAGUUUCACAGUGUCUUAAUAUAGAGGGGGGAUCAAUCAUUAUUAUAUCAGGUGCAAAAUCUCAAAUAGAGAAUUACAAUUUCAAUCACACUUCAUAUCUCGCUCACUCCCUCUCUCUCUGUCACUUUCUCUCUCCCUCUCCCAGAUUAAAGAGGCUGCUGGAGCAGGAGAAGGUGUACCAGGCUCGUAAAGACAAGGAUCAGAGCAGGAGGCUAGAGAAGGUCCGUGAGGAGCUGGUCAAACUCAAGUCCUUUGUCCUGAUGCUGGUGGACGAGCGGCAGCUCCACAUCGAGCAGAUCGACCAGCAGAGCCAGAAGGUCCAGGACCUCAGCAGCGAGCUCCAGGAGAGAGAACACCGACUGGUCGCUGUCAGCGGCAACGCCAAGGAGGACAGCCAGAAGGUCCUCAAACUUGAGGCGGAGCUAGAGUGCAAAGCCGCCAAGUUCACCCAGGAGCGUGAGGCGAUGACUGCCAAGCUGGCCAACCAGGAGUCCCAGAGCCGCCAGCUCCGCCUGAAGCUGGCAGGCCUGGCCCACAGGAUCGAGGAGCUGGAGGAGAGCAACAAGGCACUGCAGAAGUCAGAGGUAGACCUCCUGGAGCUGAGGGACAAGAUCAGUAAGGGUGAGUGUGGGAACUCCAGCCUCAUGGCGGAGCUGGAGACACUGCGCAAGAGAGUCCUGGAGAUGGAGGGCAAGGACGAGGAGAUCACCAAGACGGAGAGCCAGGCCAGGGAGCUGAGGAAGAGGCUACAGGAUGAGGAGACCACCGGCCGGGAGCUGAGGCUGGAGGUGGAGAAACUGCAGAAGAGAAUGGUGGAGCUGGAGAAACUGGAGGGGGCUUUCAACACGAGCAAAUCAGAGUGUGCAACACUCCAUAUUAACAUAGCAAGAGAGAAAGGACUGGCAAAGGACUUAGCUGGUGAGCUGGACACAGUGAAAAACCGUAUGAAAGAACUGGAGAACUCUGAGUCGAGACUUGAGAAAGCAGAGAUGGGCCUAAAGGAUGACCUGAUGAAGCUGAAGUCAUUUACAGUGAUACUAGUGGAUGAGAGGAAGAACAUGACUGAGAGAAUUAAACAGGAGGAGCUAAAGAGCGACGAUUUAAAUAAGAUGUUCAAAACUGAGCAGGGUAAGGUUAUGGAGGUCACAGAAAAGUUGAUUGAGGAGAGCAAAAAAUUCCUCAGACUGAAAUCAGAAAUGGAGGUAAAAGUGACGUUUCUUACUAAAGAGAAAGAUGAACUGAAAACGAAACUCGCAAGUGAAGAGGAAAAAUGCAGGGAUCUUAGCUUCAAGGUCGGCGUGAUGAAAAAUCGGAUGAAGGGGCUAGAGGAGGCAGAAAGAGAAUCAUUAAAAAGCAGAGCUAAUAAGGACAAGAGAUCCCUAGACGAGCACAACAAAGUCAAGGAGCUAACGCAGGAAAUCGAAAGACUCAAAAACCACCUUAAACAGCUAGAGGUGGUGGAAGGUGACCUGAUGAAGACAGAGGACGAGUACGAAUUACUGGAGAAGAAGUUCCGAACGGAGCAGGACAAGGCCAAUGCCCUCGCUCAGCUGCUGGAUGAGAUGAAGAGUCAGACUGCCAUGAACAAGGCUAUAGAGAAGGGAGAGGCAGUGAGCCAGGAGGCUGAGUUGAGGAUGCGCUGCAAAAUAGAAGAGGCCAGAACCAGAGACCUGCAGGCAGACGUCCAGGCCCUCAAAGAGAAGAUCCACGAGCUGAUGAACAAGGAGGACCAGCUCUCCCAGCUGCAGGUGGACUACUCCCUCCUCCAGCAGAGGUUCCUGGAGGAGGAGGACAAGAAGAAGAACCUGAGCCAGGAAGUGGUCAACCUCACCAAAGAGCUGGAGGUCACCAAGCGCUACAGCCGCGCCCUGCGUCCCAGUAUGAAUGGGAGGAGGAUAGUAGACGUCCCAGUCACCUCCACCGCAGUGCAAACAGACGUAGUGAUCAAUGAGCUGGCUGAGGAGGACACACCUGCAGUAUUCAUCAGGAAAUCUGUCCUGGAGGAGAACCAUAUCAUGAGCAACCUGAGGCAGAGGGGUCUAAAAAAGCCUGCAACCGUGCUGGAGCGCUACCCCCCUGCAGCCACCGAUCUGGGCAUGAGAAAAUCUUGGAUACCCUGGAUGAAAAAGAAUGAUGCGGUGACAAUCACUCAGACCACCCCAGAGAAGACCCCAACCCCUCAGGUUAACGGGAAAUCUUCGCCUCAUCCACCCGAGCUGACCAUGUCCCAAAAGCCAGGCCAGCCUCUGCACAUCCGAGUGACCCCCGAUCACGAGAAAAGCACUGCCUCCUUGAAGAUCACCGGCCCUCGUGCUGAGGACUUCUUCUCCAGCGCCACCAUCAUCCCCACCCUGGGCCUUCAGAGGCCCCGCAUCACCAUUGUUCCCAAGCCCACCACUGUGUCCUCAAAGAGCAAGCCAGGUGAGGGCAUGAUGGGGGGGCCUGAGCGGUGCAAGUCUCCAGUCACCAUCACCACCAUCUCCAGGGCCAAGUCCCCAGACAGGAGUAAGGGUUCCUCCUACUCAGACUCGAACAGACCCCUCUUCCCCGUCCCCAUCAUCACAGUGAAAACCACUCCAGUAACAGAGGCCUUUGCCUCCGCCUCCCCUGAGCCCCAUGACAUGAGCACCAUGGGCCGGGCUGUGUUCAAGGUGACCCCAGAGAAGCAGACAGUGCCCUCGCCUGUCAGAAACUACAACUCCAACGCCAGUAUCAUCACCACCACAGAGGACAACAAGAUCCACAUCCACCUGGGAGCUCAGUUCAAGAGGCCAUCGAACCGCAGCAGUAGCAGCCCCACAGUGACAGUCAGGCCCCUUAGUGUGAGCACAGAGAGCAAGGAGGCACCGACGGAUACGGUGCUGCGCUCCCCGCGUCACCCCAACAACACCACCGUGCCUGGGAAGACCACGCCCAGCAAAUUGACCAGCAGCAUCACCAUCACCCCCAUCACCUCUGCCCUCUCCAGGCCAACUCAGUCUGUGGUGAGUAUUCAAAAUCUAGUAUAUUUACAUAAACCCUCUAUUCAUUCUGCCGUCUAUCUCUCUCUCUGUCCCUUUCUAUGAUGAUUUGAACAAGGGCUGUCUCACUAACAGAGAGACUUUUUAUUGCACAAUUUAGAAAUUGAUUGGAUGUAACCAUUUACAGCUGGUAGGCUAAGUACAUUCUAUUCCAUUGUUAGUAAUAAAGUAUGUAUGUUCAAUUAUGUGACUUUCUUUUCAGAUAAAAAAAUCUAAAUGAUAUCCAAUCUUCUAUAUUUCAGUUGCUUCUUAAAUGUUUCAAAAUGAUAUCAGGUGGGGUCUGCUCCCUAGAUAGCACUCUUUCCAGGUAUACCAAAAUAAAUACACUUCUUAUAUUACAUAUUACCAAUACUAACACCGGAAUGAAUUGACAUGCAUAUCCCCAACUUAGAAGGCCACUCUCAAAGGGCCUUGUUUUGACACACCUGUUUCUACUGGCACAAACUGACAUGUUCCUUCCUUUUAACCCAAAAUGGACCAGUGAUGACCAAUUUGGAUGUUUGACUACUAAAGUGGGCUUACCUGCUCAUCACCAAUAACACCAGCUUACUGUAGUGUAUAAUAUAUUAUCCCAAGUUCUGUUAAUUCAACCUAAACUAUUUUUGGGAUGCUAGCUUUGAAAUGCACUUUCCUAAUGCUGUGAAGGGUGAGGUGAGCUAUGGUAACUAUGGUAACACUGUGGCAUUUAAUACAGCUAGAUUUAAAUAAGCUCUUUAUGGAUGGAAGCUUUUUGAAAGAUAAGAAAUGUAACACUUCAAUUCUAUUGCAAUUCUAAUCAAAAUCAAUAUCCAAGAUGGCCAACUCUUGUCAUCCCUCUUGAAUCGGUGUGAAUGUAUUUCUUUAAUUUACAUGUAUGACAAAACAGUGGUCUCACAGCAACAAGUAUAUAGCUUGCCAGCUUGAAUUUGCUUCCACCAAAUGUACACAAAGUAAAUUGUUGUUGUUGUUGCUAUUGUGCUUGUCUAUGAUACUAUGAUAAUAAUACUUGAAAAAACCUUUUCUGUCUGUGCUUUUGUCUUACUUUGUGUGAUUCCUUUCAGCCCGGGGCGGAUGUGCAGUCAUCUCGGGCCGCGGCCACACGAAUCCCUAUGCCAAAAGGUAUGAAAACAGGCAAGGCAGUUGUGACAGGCGUGUCCACUGUGACACGGUUAGAGUCGCGAACCGAGCGCCAGUCAAUGAAAAUUGAACUGAGGAGGUCGACAGUCUGCAGCUCUACCUCCUCAGGGGGAGGGAAGUGCUGAGGGCCACAUGCUACCCCCACUAUCUAUCUAUGGACUCAGAGUCACCCAUGAUUAAAUUCUGACCAGUCUGUUGCCGGCCAAAAACAAAUACACACAGGAACACAGAAAACACACAAUAGCUCUAUCACAGACACACAUACAGUGCUAUGAAAAAGUAUUUGCCCCCUUUCUAAUUUUCUCUACUUUUGCAUAUUUGUGAUACUGAAUGUUAUCAGAU